AUAAUGACUAAAAAGAUAGACUCCAAGAAAAUCUCAAGAACCAAUUAAAGCCAAAUGCAGUGUAUCCAUCUGAACAUGAGCUCUUCCUUCACCAUCUCCCUCCGUCUCCUCUUCUCCAUCAAUUGGCUCAUCAGCAUCUCUCACAUCAGUGAAGCGGCACCCAUUUUCGUCGGCAACUAUUGCCCCGACACCAAACCUUUCCUUCCUAAUUCCACCUACCAGAAAAACCUCAACAAUCUCCUCUCGUCACUUUCCACUGCCGCCGAUUCCGCCGGCAACAACAUCAGUGGAAGUAGCGGGUUCGCCAAUGCCACUGCUGGCAAAUACCGGCCAGACCAGACCUACGGGAUCUUCCUCUGCCGUGGAGACAUCGACACCGCGACUUGCAGCGACUGCGUAGCCAACACGGCCAAAGAUAUCAUCCGGCAAUGCCCCGGCGAAAAAACCUCCAUCAUCUGGUAUGAUAUAUGCAUGUUGAGGUACUCGAAUGAGCCCAUUUACUCGGUUAUGCAACAAGUCCCCGUGUCGAUAAAGGUGAACGGCUUGAACAUCACAAACGACCGAUCUCGGUUCGUGCAACUCAUGGGGCAGACCCUGGACUGUGUAGUGCGUACGGCCCCGAGCAUCGUAUCGGGGAAGAAAGUGGCCGCUGCGGAGGCAGAGCUUGGGGGCUCGCAACGGCUUUACACGCUCGCAGAGUGCACGCCCGACUUGACAGCAUCGGACUGUGGCGCAUGCCUCCGGUCGGCGAUCGCACGUCUCCAUCAGGAUACGCCAGGAGGAAGGGUGUUGAGCCCAAGCUGCAACGUGAGGUUUGAGGUGUAUCCCUUUUACAACGCCGCCGCGUUGGUGACUGUGGCGACCGUGGGGACGCCACCACCGGUCCAGCUUCCUUCUGCCCCUGCUCCGGCAACUGGACCUAAAGGAAGAAGCAAUAAAUCCACAGUGAUAAGAAUCACUGCCAUUGCAGUUUCUGUUGGCGUACUUAUGGUGUUUCUCUCUCUUGCUUGUUGUUUCGUUCGGAGGAAAGCGACAAAGACCCAUGAGCUCGUCCAAGAAGAAGCCGGCAUGAAUAAAAUUACAAACGAGGAACCCUUGCAAUAUGAUUUAGCUAUAAUACAAGCUGCUACAAAGAAUUUUUCUCAUCUAAACAAGUUGGGUGAAGGCGGAUUCGGUGAAGUUUUCCAGGGGAGACUUCCUAAUGGGCAAGAUAUAGCUGUGAAGAGGUUAUCUCAGAGCUCAAGACAAGUUGCUGAAGAAUUUAAAAAUGAAGUUAUGUUGGUCGCAAAGCUUCAGCAUCGAAAUCUUGUGCGACUACUCGGAUAUUGUUUGGAGGGAGAAGAAAAGCUACUUGUUUAUGAAUUUGUGCCAAACAAAAGUCUAGACUACUUUUUAUAUGAUCCUGAGAAAAGUAUGCAAUUGGAUUGGUUAACACGUUAUAAGAUAGCACGGGGAAUAGCUCGAGGAAUGCUCUAUCUACAUGAAGAUUCCCAACUUCGGAUCAUUCAUCGUGACCUAAAAGCAAGCAAUGUCUUGUUAGACAGUGGCAUGAACCCAAAGAUUUCAGAUUUUGGCACAGCUAGGAUUUUUGGAGUUGAUCAAACUCAUGCAAGCACUAAUAAAAUUGUGGGGACUCUCGGUUACAUGCCUCCGGAGUAUGCUAGGCAUGGGAAAUUCUCUGUAAAAUCCGAUAUCUAUAGUUUCGGCAUCCUACUUCUAGAGAUCAUUAUCGGGAAGAAGAUUGAUUAUUUCUGCCGAUCAGAAGGGGGUGAAGAUCUAGCUAGCUAUGCAUGGAGACACUGGAGAGACGGGACGCCAUUGAAAGUUUUGGACCUAGCCAUCCUGGACUUGGAUUCAAGAGAUGAAGUGCUGAGAUGCCUGCACAUUAGCUUACUAUGUGUUCAGGAAGAUCCGAUUGAUAGACCCACCAUGACGACAGUACUUCACAUGCUCAGCAGCCAGCCCGUCGCUAUGCCACAGCCUCGACGUCCGGCCUUCUUCCCUCGAAGUAGAGAUCAAUCCAUUAGUAGAUCGAUACACCAAUCUGUCAACGGAGUGACAAUUACGGAAGCAUACCCCCGAUGAUACAAUUAAUUGUUUUAUGUAAUAGCUUCAUAGGCCUUGAAAUGCUUGGUCUUCCGUGGAUACCACUAAUGAACAAUGAGCAGCUUCUAUUAGUCUAGAGUCCUAUGUAUGACUUUCUAUUUCUCGACUGUGUGCUUUCAUCUUUAAGUCAUCAUUUUCCUUGA